AUGGACGGUGCGCCGGUCGACAGUCCCAGCAUCCACCCUCAACUUCGCCAGAGGAUGCUGAACCGCGCUACCACCUUCGCUGAGGGUGCGCGACCUUCUACUCCCCCUACAGCCGCCCCUCGACGCCGCAGCUCCCUCGUCUCCGACCUCUCCGACUCGCGCUAUUCCCUGCGCUCCUCCAGCGACAAUCUUCUGAGAGCGGGUGGGAAGAAUGACAUGGGCCGACAUGCAUCCCCAGACGAGCCGUCACGAUGGAUUGCGCUGCCUGUUGUGGCUGCCGUGGUCCCUGCCAUCAUUGGGUUGACGGUAGAGAACGGCGCGGAUGUCGCGACAGACGUGUUGAUAUUGGUACUGGCGGGAUGGUUCCUUCAUUGGAGCGUCAAGGUGCCAUGGGACUGGUACCACGAGGCACAGCAACGACGAUACUUGAAUGACGACACGGAUGACGCGACCUACGACGACACGAUACAUGAGGAGGAAGAGGAUGCGCCAGAGGUGGCAGAAGAGCAAGCAGGCGAGACGCAGGACUCAAAGGUCAACACCACGGCCGAUGCGCCUGUCUCGCGAGCGCAGAAGGAGGCCCGUGAAGCCCUAAAGCGGUCGGAGAUGCUGGCCUUCAUCGGCUGCUUCCUAGGUCCCCUCCUCGGCGCCCUCCUCAUGCACACCAUCCGAGGCCAGCUCAUGCGCGCCGAAGGCAUAGUAUCCGACGCGAACCUCAGCAUCUUCCUCCUCAUCGCCGAGAUACCCCCCGUAAAUCGCCUCAUCAAGAUGCGAACAGAGCGAAUCCUCCAUCUGCAGCGCAUCGUCCGAGAAGCCCCAAGAGAGCCCGUCCGAUCAGCCGACACUCAGCAGCUCUCACAACGAAUAGCGGAAUUGGAGGGACGACUCGAUGGCCCCCCGCCCGCCAACAACAACGAGGUCGACGUAGAGAAACUCAGCGCCGAAGUCCGCCAAACAACCCAACUCCAACUCGACGCGCUGAACCGCGCAGUUAGGCGCUACGAAAAACGUCACAUGGCGCAAUCCCUACAAAUCGAAGCCCGCUUCCAAGACCUGGAAGCUAGAUUGGGAGACACACUCGCCUUAGCUGCUGCGGCUGCUAGAACCGGUCAGCGACCAGGCGUGAUUGCCAUGACGCUGAGCUGGAUAGCUGGUACUAUUAGCUACAUGCUGCAGAUGACUUGGGACAUCGCCAUGUAUCCCUUCCGCACAGCAGCGGUAGCAGUUUCAGUAGCCAAAUCGCUGUUUGUACGGGAUGAGCGGCAGGCGAAACGGAGGGUGAAGGGAGGGCAAAGUAAUGGACAUACGGGUAUGUCGACGAGUCGGAUGCAAGCGAAACCUGUGCGGUAG